GAGACUUCAGCAGAAAAUCUGAAAAGAUAUUGCUUUAUAAAGCUCUUAAAUUUGAUUAGAUCAGAGUUACCUUGGAUAUAGGCCUGACAUAGACCUCUGCUUCAACUGAGAUGACUCCAUCUCAAGAAUGCUUGAUAGAUAUAAUCAGAUUUAUACCUCAAUCACAGAAACAUCAGGCUUAGCUGAACAAGAGUCUCAGCAGGUUGAUUCAAUAGAGCAACCUAGACCAAUACCACCGAUAAGAAAUAGACAGAGGAGAACCAGAAGACGCACCAGAACCCAGAUGCCUCCAGUCUACAGUUGACGAUGCGCCAUUGGGACUUGAAUUCGGGUUCUUAGGGAAAUGAUUAAUGGAAGGUACUAAAAUACAAUCAGU